AUGAGUUCAAGAUCAAGUCAUAUAAUACAGGCUGCCCUAUGCAGCAAUCGAAAUAAGCAAAUCAAAGAAGUAGAAAAUAGUUGCUUAGAAGAAAUUAAUUUUAAGAAGAAACCAGAAGAGUACUUAUUAUCUUCUUAUAAAAAUAAUACAGGUCCUAAUGUAGCAAAUCUUAAUAAUAGUGAUUCAGACAUGACGAAACAUCUUGUGGGAAGUGAAUCCCUAUGCAGUGAUCAAAAUAAUGGAAUUAACAAAAUAGAAAAUAAUUGCAGGGAAGAUAUUCUGUUUCAAGAGAAACAAGUAGAGAGAAACAAGAAUAUACAUCCUGUGUCAAAUGCUACUAAUACUGAUUCUGACGAGACAAAAAACAUUUAG